UUCGUCAUCAGCGUCGCGUCAGUGCAGUGAUGGAGGCCGAGAGCGGAGCGCGGGAGCGGGGCAGUGCGGCGCAGAGACGCGCGGAGGUGCGCAGGAGGAGGUUACUGCUGAACUCAGAGGAGCGCAUGAAGAAGAUCGUGGGCUUCAGCCAGACCGAGGCGGACAGCAGGCCCAGAGUCCUGGAGCCGCGGUUCCACCUGGAUCUGGAGCGGAGCGAGCCCUGGUCCUCCUCCAGUUCUCCGGUGGGUGUCUCUGAAGCGUCUGAGAGGAGCGGUGAGGAUGAGGAGCACUCGGUGUCUCCUCGCAGGGGUCUGCAGGAGUAUCUGUCCUGCUUCGAUGAUGCCCUGAAGCUGCGAGGACAGCUGUCCGCUGAGAAGCCGUCUCCGGUCAGCGCCGAGGACGAGGAGCUGGACUCGUUCCGUGUGUUCCGGCUCGUCUGCAGCGUGGCUCUGGCCGUCUGCGUGCGCAUCUUCAUGUGUCAGUAUCUGUCCAUCUUCGCACCGUUCCUCACUCUGGAGCUGGGCUUCAUGGGACUGCACAAGUACUUCCCCAAGGUGCAGAGGAAGUCUCGGAGCACGGUGCUGACGGCGGCGCUCCUGCUGUCAGGGAUCCCUGCUGAAGUCAUCAGCCGCUCCAUGGACACCUACAGGAAGAUGAGCGACGUCUUCUCGGACCUCUGCGUCUACUUCUUCAGCUUCAUCAUGUGUCACGAGCUGCUGCUGCUGACCUCUGACCUCUGACCUUCCGUCCAGCUCCUGCAUCUCAGCACACAUUUAACGUCCUCCUCAGCGGUAUGAAUCUCAUUUGACGUAGUGUUCAUCAGUUAGAGAUUCUGACCGCUGUGAAACUAGUGAAGCUGCGACUGAAUCAUGUUUCACCACCAAAUCCAAAGAAAUUCAAGCCUGUUUUUGGGACCAUAAGGCAAUAGUUCAGCCAAAAAUGAACGCUAGCUGUAAAUGUGUUCACUCUCGGUCCGUCCCAGAUCAGGAGGAGUGUGUGUCUUCAUCAGGUUUGUAGAAAUGUAGCACUGCAUCAGUGUCUCAUCAAUGGAUGCUCUGCAGUGAAUGGGUGCCGUCAGAAUGAGAGUCUGAUAAAAACAUCACAAUAAUCCACAGCACUCCAGUCCAUCAGUGAACAUCUGGAGAAGACAUUUUUGGCUGAAUUAUUCCUGUCAUCUGUUUCUCAUGGUGACGUGAUCCAGAUGAAUGAAUCCCAGCAGCGUGAGUGAAGGAUGACGCCGGUUCCUGAGCAGUGUUCUUGUGUUGUUUGUGCACACAGACAGUCUGCUCUCACUAGAUCUGUAUACGAGGUCCAGAGCUGAUCACUAAUGGCCAUGACGAGGUGACUCCUGAGUGUUCAUGUGCUGCAGGUCUUCAGACAUCACUGAUGCUGGUCUGCAUGAUCUGUGAUCUGUAUUUAAUUGAAUGUGAAUGCCGUUCUGUUCUGUGGAUUUGGGCAGCAGAUGACGUGUAACACUGUUUCUCAUGUAUGACAGAGGUUUAGUUUCUCUCAGUGAUAUGAACUCUGACACAUGGCUGCCUGUGAUUGUAAUAAUAUCUUUGAUUAUGUACAGUUGGAGGGAGAAGCUACUGUGAACACAAUAAACAUCAGUGUGUCCUUCA